AUGCCGAGCAAUCGACGGCGAGAAGCAGCGAGGGGAGGAAUCCUUGCAAUCUCGACGCUCCGAGUGACACUAGAAGCAAACCAACCCCGUCAAGCCAUGGCUUCGUCGUUUCCGCGACGCGUCAGAAUGUCCGUUCCGUCGACCACGUGGUUCUCGUCCUCCUCCCACGUGGUCGUCGCUGCGCUUCUCUGCGUCAUUGCGGCGCGUGCUGCCGCUGCAGUGUGUCAGAAUCUCGGCACCUGCAAGGACGGGCCUGAGGGCGACGGCACGUGCGCCUGCCCGCCCACCACCAUGUGGCGCCCUCACGAUUCCUCUACUUACCACCUCUCCCCACUCUCGUCUCCAUCCCCCCGACCCUCCCUUGCCCCCGGGACUCCAGUGUGUCAGAACCUUGGCACGUGCAAAGACGGGCCCGAGGGUGACGGCACGUGCGCCUGCCCUCCCACCACCACGGGGCCUCUCUGCGAGCUCUGCGCGCCCAACUACGACCCUGACACCAAGUGCACCACCAGUGAGGCUCAAUAG